AGAAAAUAUAUGUUACUUAUUUAUUUCGUUUAUCAUUCAGGAUUUCUCGUACUAAAUGGUUGUAUAUUGUUACUACCAUGGUAUGGACGUGUUCGUGAUAAUUUGCUCGCAUUGAAUAAGUCAGUGAAAAAAAAAAGAGAAAAAUAAAGCUAGAGGCACUAAAUAUACACCAACAGAACUGUUAAUAUCAAUGAGUAAAUAGUUAUAUAUGAGUGUGAGUAUAUAUAUAUAAUAUAUAAUACAUAUAUAAGUGUGCGUGUGUAUAUAUAUAUAUAUAUGUGUGUGUGUGUGUGUGUGUGUGUACAUGCAUGUAUUCAUUUCUAACUUAAUGGAAAUAUAGUAUAUCUGCGUGAGAACCGCCCAGCUUUUAGCAACGCUUUCUAAACUAACUGUAUAAAUUUCAUUCAUAUAAACAAACCGUGCUUUAGUCAAACGACACAUAUACGUCUAUAAACACAUGCGGAUAAUAUUUAUUAAUCUCAUCGGCACACACCCUCAUGCACACAGUGAAAGCCCGUGUUUAAGGAAGUAUGUGAAAAUGAAAGGACGAACAUGCAACAGAGUAGGAGAGAUAAUAAAGAAAGAGGUGGAUUCUUCAGACACCGGUGGAUUUGCUAGUCUUAUUCGUCGACUUUUAAAAAAGCCCUCUCUUACCUUUGGACAUAGUCAUUAAAAGUUACUGAAAAAGUACAAAAAGCGAAAGAUUGUCACAUCAGACUGGAAUGCACACAAAGAAUGGCUGGAAUUACUAGUGUUUCCUUACAAUACCAUCGUUACUGAAUACGUCAUCAUGAAAUUGGAGAAAAUGAUUGCUACAAUGUAUGGAAUGCUGAUCUUUGGAUGUUUCAUCGUUGUCUUGGACUUUAUAGUAAUUACGAAGGCGGAAACCGUUGUGGUAGAACUUGAAGAACAGAGCCGAAGAAUUAAAGAAGAAGCAAUAAAAUGUAACGCUGAAUUGAAGAAUUCAACAGAUCGAAGUGAAGAAUUUCUGAAUGGAAGUUACUGUCCAGGGAUAUGGGAUGGAAUAUUAUGUUGGCCAGACACUGAGGCUGGAACGCUGGCGAAUUUGCUAUGUCCUGCCUAUGUUAACAAAUUUAAUACCGACUAUUAUGCAACACGUUGGUGUACAGAAAACGGCACAUGGUUUCACCCAGUAUAUAUGAAACGUUCAUGGACCAAUUAUUCUCUUUGUUCGACAAUAACAAAUCCCAUUGAAUUAAUAGAGCCGCAUAUGCGAAAUUUGAAAUUGUUAUACGAGAUUGGCUAUGGACUUUCGUUGGUAUCUUUGUCGAUUGCUGUUGUAAUUAUGGUUUAUUUUAGGCGACUUCACUGCCAGAGAAACACGAUACAUAUCAAUCUCUUCAUAUCUUUCAUCUUACGAGCUGCUUUUUCUUUCAUGAAAGAGAGACUACUUGUAGAAGGUGUCGGUUUCGCUUCUGACGUUCGUCAAACAAAAGAUGGUAUUGACUUCAUUGAAGAAGGAACGCAUUGGCAGUGUAAACUAUUUUUCAUCAUAUUCCACUACUUACUCGGUUCGAAUUACAUGUGGAUAUUUGUCGAGGCCCUCUACCUGCACACUCUCAUAUCAAUAGCAGUUUUCUCCAAAACAAGUGGAACAGUAUGGUACAUCAUCUUUGGAUGGGGGGCGUCUAUAACGUUUGUACUAGCGUGGGUCAUUGUUCGCAUCACGAAGGAAGACACACUGUGUUGGAAUACUAAUGCGACGCCAGCUUAUUUCUGGAUAAUGCGUGGACCAAUCCUACUGUCCACCGUCGUAAGUCCUAUUUUUCACGGUACUUCAAAUGAAAAAUGCACCUCCUUCAUAUUUUCUGUAUGCUUCAUAGCAACCAAGAAAGAGAGAGAGAAAGACGCAGACAAUAUUAAAUAUGAUAUAAUAGUAAUGUUAUAUGUUUUUUUCCUUUCUUAUAGAAGAUUAGCGAAAUCGACAUUGGUAUUAAUUCCAUUGUUUGGCAUCCAUUAUAUAGUAUUUGGUGGAAUACCUGAUAGAUUGGAUGCAAAGACUGAGCUGGUUAAACUAUACUUCGAUAUGUUUUUCAAUUCUUUACAGGGGUUUUUUGUGGCGCUGCUUUUCUGUUUUUUGAAUAGUGAGGUUCAAAACGAAAUUUACAAAAUGUGGCAAAGGUCACAGCUUAGCGAAAUUCCUUGCUUUUAUUGUCAUUUCUCGUUGUGUAAACGUCAUGAAUGGAGGCGAAGCCGGAGUUACGAUGCUGCUACUAGACCCUCCGACAUAAGCACAGUUGUGUCAAUGAGUGUGCUGCAGACACAAGACAAAGAGAGUCCAGUAGGUAUGAACUGCAUUGACAAACCGCUAAAGGACCUGGAAUAUCAGCCGAUGAUGAACACUACAGGGGUCAUUGAAAUUAGCUGAAUAAACUUACAGCAUCAACUGCUCCGGAUCUCUGUGUCAACAUACCAUUUAAAACAAGUACAAUUACAACUACUACAAUAAAAAUCACCAACAAAGUCAUCAACAACAGCAGAUACUACUACUACUACUACUACUACUACUACUACUACUAAUGAAAGUUUAACAGCAACAAUAUCAGCAUUACAUUAGACAAGAACAACCACAAAACCAGUAAAGCAUUCGGGAAUGACUUCGACAGCAAAAAUUAUAUGCUCAUCAUUAUAUUAAAACAAAAUCAUCUACAUUUGGGGUCGAUUCUUGUAAGCCUUAAUUGCGUUAAAGAUAAAAACGAAAAACUUACUUGGAGUGAGGCAAAAUAAUUUUUCUUACAAAUUUGAGAAAAAAUUAUUUUGUGAUAUCCUAUAUUGUACAAAAAGCAACAACAACAACAACAACAACAACAACAACAACAACAAUAAUAAUAAUAAUAAUAAUAAUAAUAAUGAGGAUUUCAUUUAUUUGCCACCAGGGUGGAGAGUGAGGGGGAGAAUACAAAGACAGUCACAAAAUGUUGGGGUUUACAUAUAAUGAAAUGAUAGAAUAAAUAAAUGACAAAAAAAGAGUAAGUAUACCCGAUAUACAAUGAAAAGGAAGGGAAAUAUACAUAGUAUACAAAGGUUAUAAAAAAAAGUAGGGGACGAUCGAGAUGUAGUCCUCCUGAUACAAGAUUAACUCAAGGAAAAUCGAGGAAACCCACUGUCCGAGAUUUCUCUGAACACUAACGACAAGUGCCCUCCCCAAUUCCCUUUCUCCGACUGUAAGGUCUACACUUAGAGAGGUACCAUCCACUCUUGCCAUUUUUGCAACUUUCACCUACCUUUCAAUAAACUCAUUUGAUGGCUGCACUUCCCUCUCCACCCUCAAUUUCUUUUUCAAGUGAAACUUGAAGAAGUCAUUGAGACCUUUAUCAAAGAGGACUGUAUCAAUAAUAAUAAUGGAAGACUGAGACCUGAAAUUAUAAAUUAUAACUUUAAAAAUUGCUGAAAUAAAGUAGGAUUGAUCGUGGUUGAGUAUUUACUGUAGAUUUGGGUGAGGUUAGACACUCAUCCCACCCACCCCAACAUACACACACACAAAUGGCGCAAUUGGGAACUACUGCUGUACAGUAUCACUGAAAACUGCACGUAGAAAUUGAACGGAACACACAAUCGUGAUAAGAAAACACAUUCCGGUUAGAUAUCAAAAAGGCCAAUAUGAUCGUAUAAUAGGAAUAGCAACACACUACGCUCAGAAAUCGACGGGAACAAUAUGAUUGUGAUAACAGAAUAAGUAACAACUAUUAAGAAAAGUGUCUGCGUUAUAAGGAAUAGUUUGAAGCUAAGAUGGGUCUAACCUUGGGUCAAUUUGAAAUCAAGUAAGAAAAUAUUGAAAGCAAAUACGAAUCAAAUGCAAACAGAAUUGGUAACAAGAAAGUAAUAGCAGCAAACUACAUAGCCAAAAUUACAGCAGCGAGAACAACAAUAACAAUAAUAACAGAAAUUGCAGCAACAGCGCUUCAUAACAACAAUCACAACUGUGUGGAACGCAGUGGGGAAUAGAAGUGGCAGCACACCUGUCAUAACUAUACACCUGUCAUAGUUACGUUCUUAUUUAUUGAGCUCAAAUCCAGCCGGGGGUCAACAAUAUUAUCAAAGAACAACAAAGAGAAAAUUCUUAACAAAACCAGCCACACAAAUAAAACCAAGAAAAUUUCAUUGAAAAAUUUCUUCUGAAAAACAUGCAAAAAGUCACAUACAUGUUAAGUUGACUGUCUGUCAUGUGGAAAAAAAAAUGUCCUUUAAAUAUCUUUAAUCGGUUAUUUAUCAAAUAUAAUUUAAAUUCUAUUCAAACAUUAAACAAACUAUCAAAAAAGAAAAAAAAAA